AAUCACAGAAUGUACUUCUGGAAUGUGGCCCUCAGAAUCAUUUUUCUAUUACAAACUACAAUUGGAAUUCUGGGAAAUUUCUCUCUUAUUUUAUACUAUCUCAUUCUUUACUACAGACAGUGCACAUUAAAGCCCACAGAUUUGAUUCUCAUGCACAUAAUGACAGCCAAUGCCUUGAUCAUUCUUUCCUUUGGAGUGCCUAACACAAUGACAGCUUUCGGGAUGAAGCAGUUCUUGAAUGAUUUUGCAUGCAGGUUCCUGAUAUACAUUCAAGGAAUUAGCAGGAGUGUGUCCAUUGGCACCACCUGCCUUUUGAGUGUCUUCCAGGUCAUGACAAUCAGUUCCAGGGAAUCCUGUUGGAAGGAUUAUAAACACAUUGCUGUCAAGUAUAUUGGCUCCUUCAUUUCUGUCUUCUGGGUAUUCUCUAUGUUGAUAAAUUUCUUUACCUCUAUGCACUCAUUUAACAGUAGGAAUAGUAAAAAUAUGACCAGAAAACAAGAUUAUGGAUACUGCACAAUUGUAGCCCGUAAUGAAAUCAGUGACUUACUCUAUACAGCACUGGUAAUGUGUCCCGAAGUCUUUCUUUCUGUGCUCAUUGCCUGGUCCAGCAUGUUUAUGAUUAUCUUUCUGUACAGACACAAGCAGAGGGUUCAACACAUCCGCAGCACUCAUGGUUCCAGCAGAACCUCCCCUGACUCCAGGGCCACCCAGAACAUCAUGCUCCUAGUGUCUUCCUUUCUGGCUUUUUAUACUCUUUCCUCCAUCUUACGAGGCUGCAUUGCUCUUUUUCAUAAUCACAAUUGGUGGGUAACAAACAUCACUCCCUCCAUUUCUCUGUGGUUUCCAUCUUUUGGACACUUUGUUCUUAGGAAGCCUUGCUCAUUUCGGUCCAGGCUUAUAUGGUUUGGAUCAGAAAUAAAAAAUAUUUAA